CUGGGUUUCCGCCUUGCGCACGCCUCAUCCUUUCGUCACGUCCUGUCUCCGCCCACUUGCCCACUGCUCUUCUGGUUCCUGGCGGCUCUACGGAUCCGACCUUGCGAGUGGUUCUGGCCAUCUUCAUCACGGUGAAGAGAGGCGUGGGGAAACGAGGAAGGGUCCAUGAGAUGACUUGAACUUCGGAAACGUUUGGCAGAGGAAAAGGACUUCAGUUUUAAUGUGAGGUCACUGGAAAUUGAGGCUGGGCUUCAUCACCAGGCCACACCAACUCCUGUCCCUUUUGUGUACUGGACUGCGAUUACCUCGACUCUCUGUACUUUGUACUCAGCCCAGGCUCGGAGCCAUGGCUGUUUCCUCAUCUUCUUGGGAGCUGCCCCUGGUGGCAGUGUGCCAGGUAACAUCUACACCAAACAAGCAGAAGAACUUUAAAACAUGUGCUGAGCUGGUUCAAGAGGCUGCCAGACUGGGUGCUUGUUUGGCUUUUCUGCCUGAGGCAUUUGACUACAUCGCACGAAACCCCGAAGAGACGCUACGCCUGUCUGAGCCACUGUAUGGGAGCCUUUUGGGACAAUAUAGCAAGCUUGCCAGGGAAUGUGGAAUCUGGCUGUCCUUGGGUGGUUUCCAUGAGCGUGGCCAAGAUUGGGACCAGACUCAGAAAAUCUACAAUUGUCAUGUGCUUCUGAACAGCGAGGGAUUAGUAGUGGCUACUUACAGGAAGACACAUCUGUGUGAUGUAGAGAUUCCAGGUCAGGGGCCUAUGCGUGAAAGCAACUCUACGAUGCCUGGAUCCAAUCUUGAGCUACCCAUCAGCACACCAGCAGGCAAGAUCGGUCUAUCUAUCUGCUAUGACAUUCGGUUCCCUGAACUCUCUCUGAAAUUGGCUCAGGCUGGAGCAGAAAUACUUACCUAUCCUUCAGCUUUUGGAUCUGUUACAGGCCCAGCCCACUGGGAGGUGUUGCUGCGGGCCCGUGCUAUUGAAUCCCAGUGCUAUGUAGUGGCAGCAGCACAGUGUGGACGCCAUCAUGAGACCAGAGCAAGUUACGGCCACAGUAUGGUGGUGGACCCCUGGGGUACAGUGGUGGCCUGCUGCUCUGAGGGACCAGGCCUUUGCCUUGCCCGAAUUGACCUCAACUUUCUGCAACAGAUACGCCAAAAUCUGCCUGUGUUCCAGCACCGCAGACCUGACCUCUAUGGCAAUCUGGGUGAUCCACUGUCUUAAAGCUUUUUACUUCUAAGAUACUACCACCCCCACUUAGAGGUGAGGCAAUUCAAGCACAGCUCCCCUCAUUUGCAGAACCUUAAACUCUUAAUGGAUCACAGGCUCAAGUUCUUGGGAAAGAAACUUUGUCCUGACCUCAGAUUUCAGUUUCAGAAAAGUGGAAUCUUAUAUAGUCACUGUUUAUUUCAUGAAAACUGAAGUUACGCUGGGGGCUAAGCAGCACUGGCAUUGAAAAAAAUAUAAUAAUCAUAAUG